AUGGAGCCGACCAACAAGCCUAUCGGAGUUCAACUUGCCUGGCCCAUCAAGCAAUCCUCUCGGCCUCCAACGCCAGCCAAAACCUCGCAGGCGGAGGUCCCAAAGGGAGAACAGAGCAGCGCCAAGAGACGGAAAACCUCAGACAUUUGGAACCACUUCACCAAGACCAACAAUGGCACAACCACCAAGGCAAUUUGUUUGAGUUGUGGCUCUACCCUGUUGGCUCAAAGCAGCGCCGGAACAAAUCACCUCUGGCAAAAUCACCACUGCUGCAAAGCAGAGCCACACCAAUCAUUGCUGAUCCCGAGGCAAUCUAUAUCCCAGCUUGAUUGUAUGCCACGGUUCAACCAGGAGGCCAUCCGUGAAUCCUUGGCAAAGAUGAUUCCCAAGUUUAAGAUGAUCGACCAAGCCACAUUGCAAGAAGAUUGUAUGAAAUUGCACAAGAAACGGAAAGCAGUGAUCGCCAAACAGCUUGAUGAGCAGCACGGUAAAAUCGCGCUCACCGUCGAACAAUGGUCCUGUCAAUAUACGUCCUCCUACCUUAAAAUCUCUUCUCAGUACAUCAACCCCGAUUGGAAGCUUAUCAACAGAGCUAUUGGAUUUUGA